GAAUAACAGUGGUAAUGACAGAAAAUGGAUCGAACUGUCACUGAAAAAUUGUGAUAUUUAACAGGCGUUGAACCACUCUCGAACAGUUCUUAGUACGAUAAUCCUAAUGGAAUUCACUAUGCGUCUACGAAAAGUACCAUCUGUACAUAAAAACGAAGAUAUUAUUGCGAACAAUCACAAAAUCGUUAAGAAGCGGAAGAAAAGUGGCAGUGUGUGCAAAAAAUGUGUGUGCUCUCAUUAUCAGAAUAGUACUUUUGACUUUCCGCCUGUAUGGUUAGAACUACGUAAGAAAUCUCAACUUUGUGAUGGCGUAGUGAAAUGUGAUGAUGGUAGCGAAUUCAAGAUACAUCGGGCUAUUUUGGCUGCAGUUAGUCCUUACUUCAGGGCCCUUUUCACUAAUUCCAUCAACAGAGACCCAACAGAAGCUACUGAAGCUAAGAUGAACAUAUCUGGCGAUAUAUUUCAAGUAUUUUUAGAUUAUGCCUACACCGGGAAUUGCAUCAUCAAUAAAACUAAUGUCAAAGAGUUGUUGAAAUGUGCGGAUCAAUACCAAAUUCUGGACGUGGUGCAGUUAUGCUGCAAUUUUCUGAUGGAAGAAUUGGCCCCAUCGAAUUGUCUGGACAUCUUGAAAUUUGCUGGGCAAUAUUUCUGCAAGGAUCUGAUCGAGCGAGGAAAACUGUAUAUCAAGCAUAAUUUUUCACGGAUCCUCAAAGAAAGUUAUGAAAUUUAUAAUCUGUCUGCUCAACAUCUUGAAGACAUACUACGAGAUGAUGAACUGAAUGUCAAAACGGAGGAAACUGUAUUCGAGGCCAUCAAGAUGUGGAUCAACUACUCACCAGUGAGAAGGAGGACUCAUCUUUUCACCUUGAUAAAAUGUGUAAGAUUAGGUACUCUAACCUAUGAUUCCGUCCAAGAAAUAUCCAAGUGGCAUCUCCUAGAAGAAAACAGUCAAUGUAAAGAGUAUCUUCAAGAUGUUCAAACAGUUGUUGGCAGCUUGAGCCAAGAAGACGAUGUGGAUUACAUCAAUAAUUAUCUCUUCAGGCCAAGAAUACCUUAUGGUGUUUUGUUUGCAGUAGGUGGUUGGAGUGCAGGUAGCCCUACGAAUUUCUUGGAAACCUAUGACAGCAGAGCAGACAGAUGGUUAUUUUCAGUAGACACAGACUCAUCACCAAGAGCUUACCAUGGACUGUGUAAUCUCAAUGAAAUCAUCUAUAUGAUAGGUGGUUUCGAUGGAAAUGAAUACUUCAACACAGUAAGAUGCUUCAAUCCCCUUGACCACAAAUGGAGUGAAAGAUCAUGCAUGUACUAUCCUAGAUGUUAUGUGAGCGUAGUGGUACACGAUGGCAAAAUAUUUGCUUUUGGAGGUUAUAAUGGGCGCACUAGGAUGAACUCCGUUGAAAGAUAUGACCCUGAGAAGAACCAAUGGGAAAUUCUGCCUCCGAUGCAAAAACAGAGAUCUGACGCUAGCGCUGCAGCUGUACAAGACAAAAUAUAUGUUGUUGGGGGUUUCAAUGGCCAAGAGGUCAUGAACUCAGCUGAAGCUUAUGACACAGUCACUAAACAGUGGUCUUACAUACCCCAAAUGAACUCUGCUCGUUCUGGAGUUUCUCUAAUAGCCUACGGGAACACCCUGUAUGCUAUUGGUGGUUUCAACGGUUAUACCAGACUAGCAACUGGCGAAAAGUAUACUCCUGACGUAUCUUCAGCUUGGUCAGAUAUUGCUGAAAUGCUGACGCCGAGAAGCAAUUUUGCUAGUGUGAUUCUGGAUGAUUAUAUUUUUGUGAUUGGCGGGUUCAAUGACAGAUUCGUAUCAGGUUCCACGACAAUCAACUAUGUUGAAUAUUACGACACUGACUCGAACGAGUGGUAUGAUGCGGCCUCAAUGAAUGUCAGUAGAUCAGCUCUGAGUGCUUGUGUAGUCCAUGGACUACCAAAUGCUAAGGAUUAUUCGUUCUUGAGGAGGAAUGCUGUCGAUAUUGGUCCUGAGGCAUCAAAAAAUGGAGGGCCAUGAAACGUCGGGGUUGUAUUGUGGUUGACGCCUUUUUAUAUAUACAAGUUUUUACUGGGUUAUUGUUUCAAUGAAAUUUGUCUUUUUUGGGCAAUAAAGUGAUUGUAUUAGUUGAC